AUGUUCACUCUGCUCUGUGACGGGGGAGGCGGAGAGCUUGAUGAGUUUGAGAGACCCUGGGUCAGUGGGGAGGAGCCGGGGCCCGUGGGCAAGGAGCUCGGCUUCCUGGCAGGGCCUUUUGGAGAGACUUUGGCAGCGAUCACUUUCACUCUGUGUGUCUCUAACCCCUCUGUCUCCCCCCUCCUCAGGUGCCACAGACUUCAGGAUUCCUUGCUCAGCUCGGCCAGUGGCUACAGCAACUACCGGGGGAUCUUGAACUGGUGUGUCGUCAUGCUGGUCUUGAGCAACGCCCGCCUCUUCCUAGAGAAUCUCAUCAAGUACGGCAUCCUGGUGGAUCCCAUCCAGGUCAUCUCCCUGUUCCUGAAGGACCCCUAUAGCUGGCCCGCAUUGUGCCUUAUUAUUGUGGCCAAUGUGUUUGCGCUGGCGGCUCUGCACACGGAGAAGAGGCUGGCCACAGGCUCCUUGUCAGAGUUCAGUGGGACCGUCCUCCACACCAUCAACCUCCUGACAAUCUUGUGCUUCCCGGCACUUGUGGUGCUGGCUGUGACAUCAAUCACUCCAGUGGGGGCUGUGUUUGCGCUGGCCAUUCACACCGUCCUCUUCCUCAAGCUCUUCUCCUUCAAGGACGUGAACAGGUGGUGCCGGGAGAGGAGGUGCACCAAGGGAAGCCCAGCGCCACGCUCCAGCUCUGCCAAUGGGGACAAGGCCCCGAGCGGAGUGACUUACCCGGCAAACCUGACCUACCGAGACUUGUACUACUUCCUGUUUGCACCAACUCUGUGCUACGAGCUGAAUUUCCCCCGUUCCCCCCGGAUCCGAAAGCGCUUCCUGCUGCGGCGGCUCUUUGAGAUGCUCUUCUUCCUGCAGCUGCUCGUGGGGCUGAUUCAGCAAUGGAUGGUCCCCACCAUACAGAACUCCAUGAAGCCUUUCCGGGACAUGGACUACUCCAGGAUCAUAGAGCGCCUCCUGAAGCUGGCUGUUCCCAACCACCUGAUCUGGCUCAUCUUCUUCUACUGGUUCUUCCACUCCAGUUUGAACGUGAUAGCGGAAGUCAUGCAGUUCGGAGACCGGGAGUUCUACCGGGACUGGUGGAACUCUGAAACCGUGACCUAUUUUUGGCAGAACUGGAACAUUCCAGUCCACAAAUGGUGCCUGAGGCAUUUCUACAAGCCCAUGAUCAAGAGGGGUGUCAGGAAGUGUACGGCACAGACGGCUGUGUUCUUGGCUUCUGCCUUCUUCCAUGAGUACCUGGUGAGCGUGCCCUUGAAGAUGUUCCGUCUUUGGGCUUUCAUGGGAAUGAUGGCUCAGAUCCCCCUGGCCUGGUUUGUCGGACGGUUUCUGCAGGGCAACUACGGCAAUGCCGCUGUGUGGAUCUCCCUGAUCAUCGGGCAGCCGGUCGCUGUCCUGAUGUACGUGCACGACUACUAUGUGCUGAACUACGAAGGAAGGCAAUGACGGGG